AUGUCGGAGUUCUGGCUAAUUUCCGCCCCUGGAGAUAAAACAAAUCUGCAGGCAUGGGAGAGAAUGAACACGGUGACGUCUAAAUCCAACCUGUCCAGCAACAGCAAAUUCCAUAUUCCAGACUUAAAGGUGGGGACACUGGAUGCUCUUGUUGGUCUGUCAGAUGAGUUGGGAAAACUUGAUAGCUUUGCUGAAAGCGUAAUAAAGAAAAUAGCCCAGUACAUAGGAGAAGUUAUGGAGGACUCAAAAGAUAAAGUCCAGGAAAAUCUUCUGGCCAAUGGAGGGCUAAAGGAUAAAAUGAAAUGUCUCAAAAUUGACCUAAUUAGCUACCUGACACGGUUUGAGUGGGACAUGGCCAAAUAUCCCAUAAAGCAGCCACUGAAGAAUAUAUCAGAAGCAUUAGCAAAGCAAGUGACUCAAAUAGAAACAGACCUAAAGACCCGAUCAGCUGCAUACAACAACAUUAAAGGAAAUUUGCAAAGCCUGGAGAAGAAAACUGUGGGGAAUCUGCUGACUCGGACCUUAGCAGACAUUGUGCAUAAAGAAGACUUUGUUCUGAAUUCCGAGUAUCUUAUCACGCUGCUCGUCGUGGUGCCAAAGUCAAGCUACAUACAGUGGCAGAAGACCUAUGAAUCCCUCUCCGAUAUGGUAGUGCCUCGCUCCACCAAAAUGAUUGCUGAGGAUGCAGAGGGAGGACUCUUCACCGUGACCCUGUUUAGAAAAGUGAUGGAUGACUUCAAGGCUAAAGCCAGGGAGAACAGGUUCAUGGUUCGAGAAUUUUAUUUUGAUGAGAAGGAGCUGAAAUGUGAAAAGGAAGAGCUGAUGAAAUUAGCUUCCGAUAAGAAACAACAGUAUGGCCCGUUACUGCGCUGGCUGAAAGUGAACUUCAGUGAAGCAUUUGUGGCUUGGAUUCACAUGAAAGCCUUGAGAGUUUUUGUUGAAUCUGUCCUGAGGUAUGGCCUCCCAGUGAAUUUCCAAGCAAUGCUGCUGCAGCCAAAUAGGAAGUCUGUAAAACGCCUGAGAGAUGUCCUAAAUGUGGUCUUCAAACACCUGGAUGAAGUUGCAGCAGCAAGUAUAAUGGACCCCGGCAUGGACAUCCCUGGUUUACAACUGAGUAAUCAAGAAUACUAUCCUUACGUCUAUUUCAAGAUUGACCUCAGCCUUCUUGACUGCAGUUAAAUUGCUCAAGCUUCAUCUAUUAAUUUUCAAGACCCUAAUGUUACAGUAAAACAAUCUUUAGUUGCUGA